UUAACGGGACAGUUUUGGGUAACAUGGUUGAGCACCCAGCAUGAGAAAGGAGCAUCAUCAUUGACAUGUGUCCACCGCUGCUGAUCCAGAGAGACACCAGACUGAGGUCCAUUCAGCCUUGAACGAUGGAUUGACUGGAUCAACUGAUUAAACAUGGACAUCUUUUCUCUGUUGCUGCUGCUUCUUUCAUGCAGGAUUCAAGUAGUUGGAGCUCAGAUGAAGCUGUCACCUGAAACACUAACCGUCCUGCGAGGGGAGGAGGCCCGAUUUACCUGCAGCACCUCCAACCCCAAGUGGACCGUUAUGAUAUGGCAGCUGAAUAGUACACCGGUUGUCACCAUCUCCAAGGAGACUGGUGUCCUGCCCUCCAUCAACCCUAAUGUGACGGCCGAGACAAGCCCCGUCUCACAGGGAGACAGCUGGGUGUUGGUCCUGAAGAACACAGAGAGGCACAACCAGGGACAAGUGACCUGUAUCCUCAUGAGCAUUGAAGAGAAAACAGCAAGCCUGUUUGUACAAGAAAAGGGCAGCGUGAAAGUCGUUGGGGACGACAAGUUGGCUUUUAAGGGUCAGUUGGUCCUGUUUGAAUGUCAAGCAGCCGGAUGGUUCCCUCAACCCACUUUGCAAUGGCAGGUGAAUAACAAAAAGGUGAGCCAGGGUGAAUACAACAUCAGCAGUGAAGAGUCGGGUAAGAGCCUCUUCACUGUGACCAGCAACCUCAAUGUUACGGCAACGAAGAGUUCUCAAGUGGAUUGUCUGGCCUCUGUGUCUGCCCUCCCCACACCGCUGAAGAGCGGCGUCCGUCUGACAGUCGUUGCAGAGGUGGUGCAGGAGGAAGGAGACUGCACAGUCCCUCUGGCAGUAACGGCCUCCCUCUCUGUCUUUCUGCUGCUCCUCCUGCUCUGCGUCUGCUCCCUCCUCUUGUACCGACACAGGAGACAAGCAAAACCGAGCCCACAGGAGGCAAUAAGGUUCGACCAAUCGGUGAGCGGGAGAAGCUCGGUUGCUGAGGCGACUGGUGGGAAGGUCAACAUGGGAUACUCUGGUGAGGGCCCCACAGGUGAGAGAAUGCAGUUUACAAUGAGCUAAUCAUGGAAACUCGUAGGCAGGAGGAAUUUGUCGGCUUUCACAAGGUCCCUGAUGUGGUGUAUUCCAGCAACCUUUCUCUACACAAUGAGAGCCCUGCAGUCCAGGUGUGUGUACCAGAGGAAAGCUCCAAGAAUGUCAGGAGGAUUACCACAGUUUAAACAUGUGUAUUAUGAUAUUAUUUAAUAUAAAACAUAUGACAUUAAUGAUGUACACCACAGUGUACAGUACAGCAUUUACAGGUGGGCCACUCACCAGUGUUUGUACGGUAUAAUGUAAUUUUUGUAAAGCUAGACGCUAAUGUUCUUUGAUCUUUAGCUAAAUGUGUACAGCACAAUUAUUUUGUAAAAUGUCAACUCUUUUGUUUAUAUACACAAAAACGCAUUUUUUAACAAUUUUCAAUAAAUUCUAUUUUUGUGUUCCUUUA